AAUCUAGUUGUUAUAACAGCAAAGGGACUGGAUCUGGAAUGGGAUGUUCAACAAGCACACAUGGCUGAGAUAGUCAGGUACCCACAAACUGCAGAACUGUUUUCAUUUUUUUUUUCUGUGUGUAUGUGUGUGUCACGGAAGCAGUUAGUCCUUUAUACUUCCGGUUUCUUCAUUUUACCAACAGGACUGUAGGCGGCAGCACUAACAUCACUUCCUUAUUUUUAAUUUUAUUUUAUUUUUAAAAAAUAAUAAUUUGACUGUAACGGAAGCAGUUAGUCCUUUAUACUUCCGGUUUCUUCAUUUUACCACCAGGACAGCAGGCGACAGCACUAAUAUAACUUCCUUAGGUUUUUUAGUUAUUUAUUUAUUUAUUUUACUGUGACGGAAGCAGUUGGUCCUUUGUACUUCCGGUUUCUUUCUGCAGUGCCUGAACGUUUUUUGGACGCCGCGCGAACCUAGAAAGUUCGCUAAAUCUGUUUGUGCCUUAUUGUUAUUUUUUUUCACUCAGAAUUGCGUUCUGUAAACGCUUAUUAAUCCACGAAGCUGAUAUCUGAGGAAGAGGAUUCGUUUGGCGUUAAGACUGGGACGGAAAUUAGCUGAUUUUCUAUGGGGUUCAGGUCAGGCGAGUCGGCUGGCCAAUCAAGCACAGUAAUACCACGGUGAGCAAACCAGUUACUACAAGUUUUGGCACUGUGGGCAGGUGCCAAGUCCUGCUGGAAAAGGAAAUCAGCAUCUCCAUAAAGCUCGUCAGCAGAUGGAAGCAUGAAGUGCUCUAAAAUCUCUGGGUAGACGCUGCAUCGACUCUCGACUUGAGAAAACACACUGGACCAACACCAGCAGAUGACAUGGCACCUAAAAUCAUCACUGACUGUGGAAACUUCACACUGGACUUCAAGCAGCUUGGAUUCUGUUCCUCUCCACUCUUCCUCCAGCCUCUGGGACCUUGAUUUCCAAAUGAAACGCACCAUUUACUUCCAUUUUCCCCAUGAUUGUGGUUGUGUACUGGAACCAGACUGAGAGAUUAAAGGCUCAAGAAACCUUUGCAGAUCUCCCCAGCAUGUCUUUGCCCAAGCGGGAGGUGGAGGAGCUGCGUCCCUGGGUGGAGCGCACCGUGAAGAAGGUGCUGGGUUUCUCGGAACCCACUGUGGUCACUGCGGCCCUGCACUGCUUAGGGAAAGGUCUGGACAAAAGGAAGACAACAGACCAGCUGAGACCGUUUCUGGACGAGUCGGCAGGCAGCUUCGUAGAGCGGCUGUUCGAGGCGCUGGAAGAGAGCAGGAGUUCCCGGGGCAACAAAGGCACAGCCGAGAAAAACCGCAAGAGAGAGCUGAAGGAUGUGUUCGGCGAUGAGGUGGAGGCACACAAAGAUCUAGAAGGUGGUGAAUCUGCGGCGAAGAGGAAGAGAGUACCCCGAUUCGAGGAGGUCGAAGAGCCAGAAGUUCUUCCCGGACCUCCUGUGGAAAGUCCUGGCAUGCUCACCAAGAUGCAAAUAAAACAGAUGAUGGAAACAGCCACGCGUCAGAUCGAAGAGCGAAAGAAGCAGCUUAGUAUCACUCAGCCCAGACUGCCCCUGCCUACCCCCCAGCCAGCAGCGUCCAGCAUGCGCCCUCUCCUGCCUCCUGCUCCAGGCCCAGCUCAGUCCAUUGCCCCGUCACAGGCUGCCAGCUUCAUGAACGACGCCAUCGAGAAGGCACGCAAAGCUGCUGAGCUCCAGGCCAAGAUCCAGUCCACGCUGGCCAUGAAGCCGGGCAUCCUGGGAGCCAUGAACAACACGGGGCCACACAACCUUGUGGCGCUUGCUAACCUGCAUGCCAUGGGCAUUGCACCGCCUAAAGUGGAGGCCCGUGAGAUCACCAAGCCGACGCCGCUCAUUCUGGACGAGCUUGGGAGAACCGUCGACGCCAGUGGAAAGGAGGUGGAGCUCACGCACCGCAUGCCCACUCUGAAAGCUAAUAUCAGAGCAGUUAAGCGAGAACAGUUUAAGCAGCAGCUGAAGGAAAAGCCCAGCGAUGACCUCGAGUCCACGUCCUUCUUCGACCCCAGGAUGGCCAUGCCUCAGCCACAGAGACAGAGGAAGGCGUUUAGGUUCCACGAAAAGGGCCGCUUUGAGAAAAUAGGCCAGCGGAUACGCACCAAGGCUCAGCUGGAGAGGUUGCAGAUGGAGAUUGCACAGGCCGCCAAAAAGACUGGCAUCCAGGCAUCAACCAAACUGGCUCUGAUCGCCCCUAAGAAGGAGCUUGGUGAGGGUGACGUGCCUUCCAUAGAGUGGUGGGACUCCUUCAUCCUGCCCAACAACAUAGAAAUCUCUGCUCAUCCUGUAUUUGAUAACCUGGACUUCCAUGGAAUCACCAAUCUGGUGGAACACCCUGCCCAAAUGGCCCCUCCAGUGGACAUGGACAAGCCGGUGACUCUGGGUGUGUAUUUGACGAAGAAGGAGCAGAAGAAGCUGAGGCGGCAGACACGGCGUGAGGGACAGAAGGAGCUGCAGGAAAAGGUCCGACUCGGCCUCAUGCCCCCUCCGGAACCCAAAGUGCGGAUCUCUAAUCUGAUGCGUGUGCUGGGUACGGAAGCGGUGCAGGAUCCCACGAAAGUGGAGGCCCACGUCCGAGCGCAGAUGGCCAAGAGACAAAAAGCCCAUGAGGAGGCAAAUGCAGCACGCAAACUAACAGCAGAGCAAAGGAAAGAGAAGAAAGUGAAGAAGCUGAAGGAAGAUCUGAGUCAUGGUGUUCACAUCGCUGUCUACAGGAUCCGAAACCUGCACAACCCGGCCAAGAAGUUCAAAGUGGAAGCCAACGCAAAUCAGCUGUAUCUGACCGGCACCGUGGUGCUGCACAAAGACGUCAACAUUGUCGUGGUGGAAGGAGGACCCAAAUCACAGAAGAAGUUUAAGAGGUUGAUGCUGAACAGGAUUAAAUGGGCGGAGCCUAGCUCAAAGAGGGAUGACCCUGAUGGCUCGGACGACGAGGGAUCGAAGAAGCCCAACAAGUGCACUCUUGUUUGGGAGGGCACAGCGAUGGAGCGCAGCUUCGGUGACAUGAAGUUCAAGCAGUGCCCCACGGAGAACAUGGCGCGCGAGCACUUCAAGAAGCAUGGUGCAGAGCACUACUGGGACCUGGCCCUGAGUGAGAGCGUGCUGGAGACGGCUGACGACUGAGAGAGAGGGAGAGGACGCGUAUGUGAUGUGGUCCGAGUGACACAGGCAGCCAUGUUUUGGCUCGUUAUAGAAGGAGAGAAGCGGACUGGAUUGAAUCUAACGUGCUUCAGCCUGGCAGUCGUGUGUGAGUGUGUGUGUGUGUGUGUGCGCGCGCUCGCGUCUGUUUUGAUGAUCUGCACUGCUGCUACUCGUGGAUAUCGGUUUCCUGUGAUCAUGGCAGGACGUUUGCAAUAGAGAAUCUAGCGCAAGGACACGUUUCUCCCGUGACUUGUGCAGAACGUUGAAGACGGCUGCUUUGAUUCCAUCGUUCCAUGGACAUAGGAUCCUUUAUAGCCAAAGUGUAACUUUUUUUUUUUUUUUUUUUGAUUUCCCGUCCCUUUUUUUUUUCCUUUUUUUUUUUUUUUUAUUGUUAAGUGGAUGUGAGAUUAUUCACCUGCUGGUCUCUUUAGCUGUGUACCCAGGCUGUUACCAACUGCACACACUGAUUGAUUUGAUUGAUUAAAGCUUUGGAGGGAAAACAGUUGUUGUUCCUCGAGGUAUCAAAGAUUUAAUUCAGUUUAUCGAUUUGCUCAACACGGACCACAAGAGGAUCAAAUCAGCCCCUUUCCUUUGAUGCGACUUGUGUUCAGGGUUUCAUACUGUAGCGUUAGGCUGUACAAUGUGGCUGUUAAAGAACGUACUAGUCGAACUGAUUAAUCCGAGUCACUAAAGAAUCGUCUCGGGAGAAAAGAAAUAAAUAAAAAAAUCUCCCAAGACGUUCAUGCAGAUUAUAGGAAAGUGCAAUUAAGAGAGCAUUCAGUAGAUCAGUAAUUAAAUACUAAUCAAGAUACUGAUAUGUAAGGCUAUUGAAAUGUUUCUGAAUUCAGGUUAAAGUUUUUUUGUUUUGUUUUUUUAAAUCACUUACGUCAGUCGAGCAACCCCUUAAACCAGUGACCAUGGCUUUGUGCCUUGUGUGUCAGGUAGAGUUUAUAAUCCCAGAAGCAACCAUUAGCAACGUUUCCUGUCAAACAUAAACCACUCUGAUUGGCUGUACCUCAACCUAAUAGAGCAAAAACUGAUCUGUAUAAUAAUUUGUGCCAGGUGGAAAAAAGUUCCGCAUUGAAACAUCAAACAGACAUUACGCCUCAUUUAUCAAUCUUUUAAUAAAGCUGUAUAAAUGUUUGCAGAAAUCUAACAGGACGGUUCUGAUUUUCCUUCGAAUUCACAUGUGUACGUUGUUCUACGCGCACACAAAAUUCAACAUUGUUCUUUUUAUCUGGACGACUAACCUUAUUCAUCUUCAUUUGUGGUUUUUGUGUGAUGGAAGUAUUUGGACACCUGUUAUUUUUGUUGUUUUGAUAUCAUUUCCAAUGCAUGUAUCCACUUCAAAUUUAUACACGUUAUGAGUUUGUACUUUAUAAAUUGGAACAAAAAAAAAGUAUUCAGACACCACAGAUUGACUACGUUAGUACUUUGCUGCAAGUCUCUUGCUGGAAGUUUCAGCUAUGAGAUGUCUGCGGUAAGAAGUAAUUAGCAUUAAACAACCCCUGGCAGAAAUUAUGGAAUCGCCACCCUUGGAGGAUGCUCAAUUUGUAGCAAAUAAAAAAAAUCACGCACAUGGCACGAAACAAUUUUUCUUUAAUGUUAACUGAACAUUCUGCCUUCAUGAAACAUACCUCAAAAAAGUUAACUGUAAUUAUUUUAAUUAAUGGCAUUUUGUUUUUUCUUAAAUAAUUUAUGAAAAAUUAAAGCAUCAUCUUGGAAUUUGCAUUUGUAAAACAAAUACCAGCACUAAUCAUGCAAGUCUAAACAUGCUAAUUACUCUGCAGUUAAAAGAAAGUGUUUGCAGACCUUAACCUUGGACUUUUUGAAAGGAAACGUGACCCCAACAAGAGAGUCGUCAACUGAAACAAUGGAAAGGAUUAUAAAACUCCUUCGAGAAGGAAAUCCAACAUGGAGUGUGGCAAAAGAUGACCAUUGUUCCCGGUCAGCUGUGUCUAAAAUUUGGUGCAAGUGUAAACAAGAUGGGAACGGUUAUAAAAGAAAAACAUCAAAGCGUUAGGAUAGAAAACUCAAAGCAGUUCGCCUGGAAAAUAGAAAGUGCACAACAAAACAAAUGAGCUGAAACAGGAGGCAGUGUUCUUACAGUGGAACUGCUGAAUGAAAUGGGAUCUACGUAAUGAAAAGCCUACGGAAAACCAGCACUAACACUUAAACAGAAGAAAACAAGGUUAGAGUGGGCUAAAGAGGAGAAAUCAUGGAGUGUGGAGGAUCAGAUGAAAGAGAGAUUCAGUGAGGAAUCACGAAUCUCCGUUGGCCAAGGAGACGAUGCUGGAACUUUUGUCUGGUGCCGUUGUAAUGAAACAUGUAAAGAUGACUUCCUGAAGAAAACAACCAAAUUUCCCUACUCGUUUACAGUAUGAUAUGGGGUUUCAUGUCAGGUAAAGGACCAGGAGAGACCUCAACAGAAAAUGCACAGAUGUAUGUUGAAUUUUUGGACCCUUUUUUUUUUUCCUCAUUCAUUGAUAGAUUUGGUGAUGAAGUCAUUUUUCAGGAUGAUGAUGCCAAUCUUGCUACAGAGCAAAGAGUGUUGAAGCUUAUCUUGAGGAAAGGCAGAUCAUCUCAACGACCUGGCCAGCAAACAGUCCAGAUCUCAAUCCAACUGAAACUUUAUGGUGGAAAUUUAAAUUAAAUUGGUCCAUGACAAGGCUUCAUCCUGUAAAGCUGAUCUGUCCACCGUUAUCUGAGAAAGUUGGAACCAGUUUGAUGGAGAAGAUUGUUUUUCAUUAGUGAAGUCCACACCUCAAAGAAUUCAGGCCGCCAUAAAAGCCUGACGAGGAGCGACACAGUACGAAUUGUGAUUUUUUAAAAUUUUUUUUUUUGUUGAUUAUUCCUUAAUUUUUUUCCUUUACUUGAUAUGGGGGGAAAAAAUAUGCCAUUAAUUAAAACAGUUUAAUUUGUUUGAGGUAUUGUUGACGAAGCCAGAAUGUUCAGCUAUUAACCAAAAUUGUUUUGUAUCUCAUCUGUGAUUUGUUUAUUUGCUAUGAAGUAAAAACUCCGGGUGAGCAUCCUCGAAGUGUGGUCAUUCCAUCAUUUUUGCCAGGGGUUGUAUUUCAAUUUUGGCCCAUUCAUCUUGGCAAAUCGUCUUCAAUUCCCCAAGGUUACGAGGGUCCCUCUGAUGGACUUCCAUCAUUUUUCAAUGGGAUUCAUGUCAGGAGAUUGGCUAGGUUGCCAAACUUUUCCAGGACAAGGCCCCCCAAAUGGCAUUAACAUUUGACCGAGGCCCCCCUUUUGCAAGAUGUCUUUAAAACACAUUAAAAAUACAGACUUCUGAAUAUAUCCCCCUUUUUUUAAAAAAUUAAUAACUACAUCUUGCAUCAUUACAUUAGAUUAGGAAUUGAUUGUGUGUGUGUGGAUCAUGAAAAUCAUGUAUUUAUUUAUUUUUCACACCAAAUUGUUGAGGCCCCCCAGGCGCCCCCUGGCGGCCCCCACUUUGAAAACCACUGGGCUAGGCCAUUGGUUAACCACUAGCCCAGUGGAAAACCACUGGGCUAGGCCAUUGACCACAAACCUUUGUUUGUGGUCAUCUUGUUGAAAUGUCUGUUUUCCCCAGAUUCGUUUAUUUUUAGCAGGUGAGAUUAAAUCUUCUGUUAUAACCCGCUAGCUUUGGGAUGGGAAGUUAUUUUGUGUGCAGGUCUGGAC